CUCUUUCAGUUUGCUUGUCAGACACGUCACCUUCUUUAUUCCUCCUCUCCUCUGUCUUUUUCUCAUCCAUUCAGCAAAUUUUCCUCCUCUUUUUGCAUUGAAUCCCAAAAAGCAGAGGUUACUGUUCAACUGGGAUUUCCUCGUCUCACACCCAAGAAACGCAUUCCUCCAAUUUAAAGCAAAAAAAUACCCACUUUUUUUCUUUCCUCAUUUUCUCGUUCAUUAAAUUCCCAGAAAAAUCUUUUUUUUUUCUUUUUUCUUUUUAUGUUUGUCAAAUUUUCUUCAUCAAGUUCUCAUCUUUUCCUUUUUCUUUUAGUCCCACCAUGAUUUUCGUUCCAAGACUUUUCCUACUAUUUUCUCUGUUUUCCAUUGUUUUUUCCCAUGAGAGUGUCGAUUCCCAUCUCCUACCUAGGCCAUUGAUUCUAGAAUACCCGGACUAUAAAGAGACCCAUUUCAAAGAAUUGAAGGAAGAGAUCAGAUUGCAGUGUACUAGUUGGAGAUUCGCUGUGGAGGCUAACAACCUUAACCCCUGGAAAACAAUCCCACAAGAAUGUGCGGACUAUGUGAAAGAUUACAUGACUGGGCGGGAAUACGUAAUCGAUCUUCAAAGGGUGUCUGAGGAAGCAAUGGUUUACGCCAAGACAGUCGAAUUGACGGGUGAUGGCAAGGAUGUUUGGAUCUUUGACAUCGAUGAGACUCUACUUUCUAAUCUUCCGUAUUAUGCGGAACAUGGUUAUGGCUUGGAGAUCUUUGAUCAUGGGGAGUUUGAUAAGUGGGUUGAGAAAGGCAUGUCACCUGCUAUACAGCCCAGUUUGAAACUCUAUGAUGAGGUUUUGCGUUUGGGUUAUCAAGUUUUCUUAAUGACUGGGCGAAAUGAAAGGCAUUGGGGGACUACUGUCGAGAAUCUAAUCAACGCGGGGUUUCGAGAUUGGGACAAGCUUAUAUUAAGGGGCUCUGAUGACCAUGGGAAAUUAGCUACUAUAUACAAAUCAGAGAAGAGGAGUGAGAUGGAAAAAGAAGGAUAUAGGAUUCUUGGGAAUUCAGGAGACCAGUGGAGUGAUUUAUUGGGUACUUCAAUGUCCUCCCGAUCAUUUAAGCUUCCAAAUCCUAUGUAUUAUAUUCCUUAAUCGAUGUAAUAAUUCAUUUCCAAAUUAGCCUGUUGGAAUAAUUAAAUUGUACGUAUGGCAGGCAAACUAUUCUUUUCACUGCUAAAGGAAUUCAGCCUCUCUGUGUACUUGUUAUUCUGAUUGAGCGUAUGAUUAUGGCAAGUGUUAAAUUACAAACUUAUGAUCAUAUAUCAUGUAAUUUAUACUUUAUUUAAAAAUAUUAAUAGAAAGUUGCUUUUAGAUAUCA